AAGCCUACUUGGCACAGUCUUCAGCCUGAUGGCUUCGACCGACGCGCGCUACACGGACCCAGAGACGCCCUUCGCGCUCGCGGAUUCGGGCGAUGUCCGCCUAAUCUCCUUCAACUGGCUCGUCGUGCUCGCGGCGUCUGGAAAGCCGCUGCCGCGGCGGCAGGAUCUCCCACCCGAAGCCUUCAUCGAUGUGGCUGACCUGCGUGCCAUGCAUUCAGCGCUGCCUGCGCACGUGGCGGCGGCAGUGCUGCCGGUGUUGUCUAUCUCGUACUGCUGGAUCGAGGCGCGUCAUCCCGACGCCGAGGGCAAGCAGAUCGAGCACAUUGUCAAGACCCUCGAGCCGCACGCAGAGAAGUGGCGCGAGUUCUUCCCAGACAUGGGCGUGUUCAUCGACUGGUGCGCCAUUUACCAAAAGGACCCUGAGCUUUUCGACGAGCGCGAGACGCCCGAGGCCAAGCAGGCGGGCGCUGAGGCUGCGGCGUUCAUCGAAGCCCUCGGCGCCGGGCGCGCAUUCUAUGGCGGCACGGCGUACGAGGAGAGCCGCACGCCCGCGGAGAAGGCGGCCUUCCGGCGUGCGCUGCAUGAGACAAUGGACGUAUGGUACGCACACCAGAUGAUUACCACCCUCUUUGCGACGCAGCUGCCACACGGCUACACUGGGCGCGCGUACGAGCGUCGUGGGUGGACGUUCUUCGAGCGCUCGUCGUCGGAGCUCAUCAAGCCGGCGAGCGCAUUCGUGGUUGAGGCCGGCGCGCCACUCCAUCAGGGUCGUUUCCUGUGGUGUAUGGCCAUCGACUCAUCUGCUGAUGAUGAGAAUAUGGGCCGGGGCCUGCCCCUUGUCCCCAGAGCCUUUGCCGAGCAGUUGCAGCACAAGCAGUUCACCAACAACGCCGACGCGAGCGCGGUGGCGGAGCUGCACCGCAAGACUGCAACGAGCGUGCUCGGCGGGACGACGAAGCUCGAGCUCGACGGGGUGCCCAUGCGCGAGGGCGAUGGCGAACGUAUUGCGCAGGUGCUUGGGCUGUGUGGCAAGAUCGAGAAAUUGUCAUGGUGCUUCGUCGAGAUGCCUGCGUUGGAGGUAGUUGGGAUGCUGGCGGCACCAGUGCCGAGCUUGCGCAAGCUGCACCUUCAGAAGAACGCGCUGGGCGAGGCUGGCGGCAGGGCCCUGGCUGAGGCGCUCGGCAGGGGCGCAACGCCGCAGUUGCAGGAGCUCGGUCUCGACCAGAAUGCGCUGGGCGAGGCCGGCGGCGUGGCCCUGGCUGAGGCGCUCGGCAGGGGCGCCACACCGCAGCUGCAGUCGCUCCAUCUUUGCGAGAAUGCGCUGGGCGAGGCUGGCGGCGCGGCGUUGGCUGAGGCGCUCGGCAGGGGCGCCACGCCGCAGCUGCAGCUGCUCGAUCUUGGCGAAAAUGUCUUGGGCGAGGCCGGCGGCGCCGCGUUGGCUGCAGCGCUCGGCAGGGGCGCCACGCCGCAGCUGCAGCAGCUCUUUUUUGGCGGGAAUGCGCUGGGCGAGGCUGGCGGCGUGGCGUUGGCUGAGGCGCUCGGCAGGGGCGCCACGCCGCAGCUGCAGUCGUUCUCUCUUGCAGAGAAUGCGCUGGGCGAGGCCGGCGGCGUGGCGUUGGCUGAGGCGCUCGGCGAGGGCGCCGCGCCGCAGCUGCAGUCGCUCGGUCUUGGAGGGAAUGCGCUGGGCGAGGCUGGCGGCAGGGCCCUGGCUGAGGCGCUCGGCAGGGGCGCAACGCCGCAGUUGCAGGAGCUCGGUCUCGACCAGAAUGCGCUGGGCGAGGCCGGCGGCGCGGCGUUGGCGGAGGCGCUCGGCAGAGGCGCGCCCCCGCAGCUGCAGCGGCUCGAUCUUCAGCAGAACGCCCUCGGCGAGGCCACCGGCGCGGCGUUGGCUGAGGCGCUCGGAGGAGGCGCCAUGUCGCAGCUGCAGUCGCUCGGCCUCGGCGAGAAUGCGCUGGGCGAGGCCGGCGGCGCGGCGUUGGCCGAGGCGCUCGGCAGGGGCGCCACGCCGCGGCUGCGGCGGCUCGUGAUGGACGGCAAUGCGCUCGGACUUCCCGGAGCGGCGGCGCUGGCAGCAGCCAUCUCGAAGGGCGGGCUGCCCAGCCUCGAGGCUCUGGACGUGGAGCGCACGCGUCUCACGGCGGAGGGGCGGCGGCUGCUCGGCGAGGCCGCGAGGGCGACGGGUGGGAGGCUCCAUGUCGUGUAUGGUGACGAGCCGCAGGUUAGCCAGAGCGCAUGCUGCGCUCUCUCGUAGCGCAAGAGAUAGGUGUCCGCACAUGGUUGGCACACUCUCAACUUUUCCGCUAAGUGCUGCUCCAGAACAGGGGGGCAGAUACUUCCAACGUUGCCCAAGAGGCCCGCAGGGGCCCCCGAGCGAGCCCCAGACAUCUCCCAGGCGGCUCCGACUGGCGAGACGGCUCCAAGACGACCAG